UCUCACACGGAGCCAAGCUUUCGGCCUACCAGUUCUAGUCUCCCGGUAAUGCGGUGCCCUGUCCCUGCCUAAGGUGGAUCUGAAGGACCCAAAUGCUUGCAUAGCGACAGGUGAGCACACCAGGAUCUCCGGCGUUUUAACUUGUCCGCAACAGGAGUUUCUUGGGCCUCUUCCAGGACUGCUUUCUCAGAAGACACAAAUCGCCCUAACCACAGAAUUCUGGGUGUCACAAAUCGGCUUCCCUGAGCUGUGCAAAUGACAACGGAGCUGGGACACGGAGGGUGUAUCAGAGAGAGCCAAAAGAAUAAAGGAAGGAAAAGGUCUCUUUCCUGAUGAAGAUCACCUGAGGAUGAUACCCACCUUGGAUGGUUGUUGAGAAGAUGAAAUGGAAGGCAAAUACCAAGUAUCUGGAGUUCUUUAUGACACAUAGCAGAUGAUCAACUCUUAGAAGCUGUAAAGAAAUUGGAUGUUAGUGGUGACUUGUCAGGUGACACCUAUUUUGUGGCAGAGCCAGGAGGAAAACACAGUGCAGUUCACUUUCUCACUGGCCUCCCAGCUGAGUCUGCACAGCCCUCUGCACUUUCCCAAGAGCAGCAGCAUGAACACAUCUCAGGUAUCAGUGUCAUUCAAGGACGUGACUGUGGAGGUCACCCAGGAGGAGUGGCACCAGAUGGACCCUGCUCAAAGAACCCUAUACAGAGAUGUGAUGCUGGAGAACUACAGCCACCUGGUCUCAUUGGGAUAUUGCUUUAUAAAACCAGAAGUAAUCUUCAAGUUGGAACAAGGAGAAGACCCAUGGUUAUUAGAGGAUGAAUUUGUAAACAGAAGUUACCUAGAAGACUGCCAACUUGGUCUUUUAGAGAAGAGCCAGGAAAGCCAACACAAAUAUUUCUGUCAAGUCUUAUUCAACAACAAGAAAACAUUAACUACAGAGCAAGAUAAAAUUUCAGGAAAACCAGUUCAUCAGGGCAUAGACAUUUUUCCUUCAAGAAAAAUGCUCUCUAAAUGUGACACUGAUGUUCCUACAUGCUUGGAUCUCUAUCUUUUGACCCCAUAUAGUUACUCAACCAAAGAGGCUUAUCAGUUUAAUGCAUCUUCUUUCAAUACUAGCAAUGAGAGAACGAAUAGUGGAGAGAAAUAUUUUGAUUACAAUAAAGAUUUGCAAGUGUUUAGUCAUGUGCAGGAACUUAUUCAGAACUUUUCAGAUUUUGGGGCAGUCUUUUGAAUAAUGAACAUGAUAAUGCUUUCCAUGAUAAGGCAACUUCUAUUAAAUGUUAAGAGUGCCUACAUACAAGAGGGAUCUUAUAAAUUUGGAAAAAACUUAUGUGAUAAAUCAAACAUUGUCUCUCCAAAUAUUCACAUAGAGAAGAGUCAUUCUGAAUUUGAUGAAGAUGCAUGUAUUAAAACCGGGAACAAUUUCAGUAAGGUUGCUCCACUUCAGAGAACUGAAACAGGAGAGAAAACUUUAGGUCAAAAAGCACAUUUCAGAGAAUAUCAGAGAACUCACACAGGAGUGAAAUCCUUUGAAUGUGGAAAAAACUUAAACCACAAUUUAGCAAUCACAGUGCAAGAGAGGACUCCCACAAUAGAGACAUCUUGUGAUAAUGACCCUUAUAGGGAAACUUUCAGUUCUCAGUCGGCUUUCAGUCUACAUCAGAGAAUUCCCAGGAGACAAAAACAGUAUGAGAGCAAUGAAUGUCAAGAAUCUUUCUCUAGAAGUUCAUCCCUCAUUGUACAUCAAAGAACUCACACAAGUGAGAAGCCCUAUGAAUGUAAUGAAUGUGGGACAGCUUUUUCCAGGAAAUCAUCCCUAGUAGGGCAUCAGAGAAAACACAGAGCGGGGAAACCCUAUGAAUGUAAAGGAUGCAGGAAAGCUUUUACCUAUAUGGCAUGCCUCAGAGUGCAUCAGACGAUUCACACAGGGGAGAAACCCUAUGAAUGUAAUGAAUGUGGGAAAACUUUCACCCAGAAGUCAAGCCUUGGAAUACAUCAGAGAACUCACACAGGAGAGAAACUCUAUGAAUGUAAUGAAUGUGGGAAGUCUUUGGCCUACCAACAACACUUCAGAGGACAUCAGAGAAUUCAUGCAGUGGAGAAAUCCUGUGGAUGUAUUAAAUCGGGUAAAACUUUCAGCCAUAAGGCAAGCCUAGGAAUGCAUCAGAGAACUCACACAGGGGAAAAUCUAUAUGAAUAUAAUGAAUGUGGGAAAACUUUCACCUGCAUGUCGCACCUUAGAAGACAUGAGAGAACUCAUACAGGGAGGAAGCCCUAUCGGUGUAUAGAAUGUGGGAAAACUUUCCUCUGGGAGAAAAUCCUGAAGAUACAUUGGAGAAUUCACACAGGGGAGAAACCUUAUGCAUGUAAUGAAUGUGGGAGAGCUUUUACCUACAUGUCACAACUCAGAGCACAUCAGAAAAAGCACACAGGGCAGAAACCCCAUGAAUGUAAUGAGUGUGGGAAGGCUUUCACCCGGAGGUGAAGCCUUGCAAUAC